CAAACCUCUCAAAGUCAGUGUUUAUUGUUUUUAUGUCGUGUGAAAAGUAAUUUUCCUCGAUUUUCUCGGAUUUUCUCUGCUUUUUUCCCCAAGUAAAUGUCUGAGUACGAUAGUGUUCGCCGUGGAAAACUAGUGCUGAAAGGAGAAAGUUCAAAAGGUCACAAACGAAAGCACAAAAAGGAGAAGAAGGAAAAGCAGGAAAAACGACGAAAGCCCCGGAUUGAUGAGGAUGCCGUGAAGCACGGCGGAUGGUGGCAAUGCCGGAAAGUGGAGGAAAUCACGGGUUCGGUGGCGAUUCAAUUUGGGGAGAGGACGUAUGUGAAGGCACUGGACAACGGGCUGUUCACUCUUGGAGCACCCCACGGUGAAGGGGAUCCACCAGCUCCGGAGGAAAUCCUCACGGCAUUUGCGAUAAAUGACACAAAGGUCUCCUUCAAAUCUGGCUACGGGAAGUAUCUGAAAGUGGAAAAGGAUGGCGUGGUUACGGGGCGCUCGGACGCCGUGGGGGCCAUGGAGCAGUGGGAGCCGGUGUUUGAGAAUGGAAGGAUGGCUCUCCUGGGUGCCAACAACUGUUUUAUGUCCAUUGAUCCCGAAGAUGAUGCCGUGGUGGCCCUGAGGAAGAAAGUCGGCGAUGCUGAGAUUGCUGUCGUGAGGAGUUGUGCCGCACGGGAGGAUGAGGAAGUGGAUGUGAAGCCUGCAGAAGAGAUGGGGGAUCUAUCUCAAGUGGAAAUUAACUACGUGAAAAAGUUCCAAAAAUUCCAGGAUAAGAAGCUCAAAGUCAACUCUGAGGAUCGUUCUGAAUUGGAGAGGGCCAAAACUGAAGGGUACCUACAUGAAGCUCUCCUGGACAGGCGUUCAAAGAUGAAAGCCGAUCGUUACUGCAAAUAAACAGACAAAUAAAAAAAUGCUAAAAAGAAAAACACAAAA